AUGCAGCUUAACAAGGGCAACGAGACCGACCAGACACCCGAGCUCAGCCGAUUUUGCACCUCUUCGCCCAGCCCUGGCGAAUCUUCUCUGGAACGAGAGGCCCUACAAGGGGAGCUCGGAAUCUUCAAAGAGGCGCUGGCAGAGGAGUUCGAGCAUCAGCGGAGCCUGGAGCGCCAGCUGAGGGAGGCGGAGGAUGAGCUGCUGAAAUGCAGAGAGCUGCAGGAGGAGAAGCUGGCAAAGGAGCAAGAGAAGUGGAGGACCCUACUGAGCACCGCCGAAAGGAACUAUGAGGAGGAAUUGACAGAUCUGGAAAACAGACUUCAGAAUGCACUUGCCAACCUUAGCAUGGAGCGCGACAUUGGUCUGCAGAAGACUCUGACGCUGCAAAGCAAGUUGACAGAGAUCCAGGAUGAGAUGUGCAGCAAGGCGAAGAGGCACGAAGAAGAAUUGGAGAUGUGGAGAACCAUGCUGGGCACUUCCGAAACGAUGCAUGAGGGCACGAAAGAGAAACUGAAAGAUGCGGAGAAGAAGCUCCGGGCUGCUGAGUCGGCUCUUCAGAGAGAACGAGACAAGAAAGAAGCUGCCGAGAGAAAGCUACGGGAUAUUCAGGCCCACAGGUAUUCUGCUGGUCAUGCUGCCUGCUGGCAGUACGAGAUGGAUGGUCAGUGGUACCCGUUUUCACCAGAAGGAAAUGAUCAAAUGCAUCAGGCUUACUUGGCAUACAUCGGCGACAUGCUUGAAGGCCGCUGGGCACACAUUUUUGCUGGUGGUGUGGAGCGGGUGGUCGAUUUUGCGGAGAUGAAGCAGACGAACUUGCGCACACGGCAGACACGCUCGAUUCGCGUCGUUACAGGAGUACCUCUACAGUGGGAGAGCGCUCCGGAAACCUUGCUGACACAAAGUGACGACCUGAGAGAUAUGUAUGUUGAGGUCAAGGAUGCAUCCGUCGUGGAAGCCGUCCAGGACAUUCUGAGGUCGUCAGGACAUGCUUGGGACAUGUCAACAGAAUGCUCGCGCAUGAAGAGCGCCACGGUGAAGUCCGUUCAUCGGAUUGAAAACUAUCAGCUCUGGCAACGUUACCGAGCCAGGCUGAGUACCAUGAGGGAAGACCACGCCAAGUAUCAUGUGUGUGUAGAGCCUGUAGCUCUGGAUCUCGAUGGUUUUUGCGGCGUCAUGACUGACAGCCAAGCUGUGUUGGACUGCGGCGAGCCGUUAGCACGUGACGUGGAUGAGAAGAUACUGCUGCAUGGAACCUCCUGGAGCAAUGCCGAUGCCAUCGUGUUGCAUGGUUUUGAUCACAGGACUUGUACGCGUGGGAUGUACGGUGAUGGUGUCUACUUUGCAGAUGCUGCAUGCAAGAGCAAUCAGUAUGCGUGUGCACUUGACUGCAGACAGGGCCCUGCCUGCACGUGUGAGAGGACGGUCAUCAUCGCUCGUGUGGCAUUGGGUGUACACCAGGAGUUUGUGAUUUUCGACCGAGAACAGGUUCAGGCAUCGCUACAGGAGUAUGGCUCGGUGCAUCUGCGGGGCAGAGAAGUCUUUCAUGAACCCUAUGUCGUUGCUGGCGCGCUGGUCAGCGUGAAGGGGCUCCUGAACACGGUGAUUGCACCCUAUGUGGGUGCCGCUUGGCAGAGAAGCGAGCUUAAAGUUCAUGGCUUCAGGAUCCUGGCAACGGCGGAUGCAUCCACUGAGGUGCAGGUGCGACUGCGCUCCAAUCCGUUUUCUGAAAGAUUGAAUGCUGGUGUCGUGGUGGUGUUGAGUUCCCUGUUUGCUAAUCUGCUUUCCUUCGAAGUUCUCAGUGCUGCCCUGGGUGUGCUUGGCAACUUCACCACGGUAGGCCCCGAUGUUAAGCCCGACACCCCGAACCCUUUCCUGAUCAUGGAGGUGUGGUCUGGUCCUGACUUCGGUGAACACUUUGCUGGCACUCCUGUCGCCUCUAGUUCGAUGUCGGAGAAAAAUCCGAGGCCACAGGACACUUCCGUCAAUCGGGAGGAGAGCUCCGUUCCGCGCCAGGUGAUGUCUCUCUGGAGCAACAGUGUUUUGAAGCUGCUGGCUGCGGUGGUGUUUCUGGACUUCCUGGCUGAGCAGAUGCAGCUCGCGUGCCAGCUGGGCCUUGUCGGCUUGGCCGCCUCGGUGUCGCUGCUUCUCGUGGUCGCCAAUGUGGUGUCGGUAGCCCUGUUUGGUGUCAUUACCGCACCGUGGCAGGUUUUUCCAACGGCCAACGCCAUAGCCGCCGCGUCGGUUCCGCGCUGCGGAGCCAUGGCCCAGGUGAUUUUUGGGGCGCUCUUCCAGGCCGCUUCAAAGAGUUCCUUCCCCGGCUGGCCCUUCCUGGUUGCGGCGGGCUGCGUGGCUGUGGGGCUGGUCGUCUCCUUCUACCUCCCAAAGCAGGCGGGCAAUGAGCAAGGCGGCGGCACAGCUCUGCACGACCGGGUGCUUCUUGAUCAGGGCCAGGGGGCUGGAUCGAUGUCGGGUUUUGACAAUGUCAAUUGGACCUUUGUGAGCUGGAAUCCGGACGUCGAUCUGGAGAUCCUCACGGUGAGAAAGCUCAAAUUGGAGCUGGCUGCGGAGACAGAGAAGCGGGUUGCCGCCGAAGCAAGUUACCAGGUGACGAAGCAAAAGUUGAAAGACGUCGAAGCCCAACUUCAAGCCGCUUUGGCUACAGUCGAGGCGGAACGGAAGCAGAAAGAGACUGCCGAGCAAAAGCUGAUCCAGAUUCAGGAACGGAAGCCUUCCACUAGUCACGGUGCAUGCUGGCAAUACGAGAUGGGGAAUCAGUGGCACCCAUUCCCGCCUGAAGGAAAUGACCAGAUGCUUCAGGCUUACUUGGCAUAUCUCGACGACAAGCAAGGAAAUCGUUGGGCAACCAUUGUUGCAGGUGGAGUUGAGCGCGUGGUCGACUUUUAUAGGAUGACCCAAACACAUGCAACUACGCAGAAGGUACGGAGUAUUCGCCUCACCACUGGAGUGCCUGUACAGUGGGAAAGUACCUCGGCAGAGCUGUUGAUGCAGAGGGACGAUGUGAGCGCCUUCUACAUCGAGGUACAAGACGCAGUGCUGCUUGAUGUCGUCAACCGCCUUCUUCGGUCGACCGGCCAUGCCUGGGAUGUGUCAACUGUAUGCUCUCAUAUGCAGAAAGCCACUGUGAAAUCAGUUCAUCGGAUCGAAAACUACCAACUUUGGCAGCGGUACCAAGCGAGGCUGCGUGCCAUGAGGGAAGACCGUGCCAAGUACAACUUGCAUUCGGAGCCUGCAGCUCUUGAUCUUGAUGGUCGUGAGGGGGUCAUGACAGAGAGCCAGAACUACCUUGAUUGCGGAGAGCCCUUGUCACUUGACGUGGAUGAGAAGAUACUGCUGCAUGGCACAUCAUGGUACAACGCCAAUUCCAUCGUGGAGAACGGCUUUGACCACAGGACGUGCACACGAGGCAUGUACGGAGAUGGCGUCUAUUUUGCAUGUGCUGCCUGCAAGAGUCAUCAGUACUCAUGUGGAUACCAGUGCGGCUUUGCCCAUACCCCUGCCUGCCAUUGCGAGAGGCGUAUCCUGCCUUUGUCGUGCAAUAUUGGCCUUGACACGGUGCAAAGCAAGCCCGCCACUCAGUGA